GUGCUCCACAUGGAUUUGAAAAAAACCUUAUUAAGCCUGCAUGGUCUUCUGAUGGAUCUCAAAUAGCGGCGGGAAGUAGUGAUCGAACGGUAGUCAUUUGGGAUGUUUCAUCUCGCAGAAUUCUCUAUAAAUUGCCUGGACAUAAAGGAUCUGUCAAUGAAGUUGAUUUUCAUCCAAAGGAACCUAUUACUUUAGAAAUGAAAUUUAGCACUGGUCUUUCAUACCAUAAUCUACCAUUGUUUGAGGUCUCACUUGUCUCAACGUCAAGAAGAAAUAAAAACUAUUUUACACCAGAAAGAGAAGAGAUACUUAAUACAACAACAAAAACAGUCCAUAAAGUAAAUCUUCCUUUAUCACAUCACCACCAUUUACCAAAAUCCUCGACAAAUGCAACCAAUAUAGCCUACUUGUCAAUAGAAUAG